UCCACCCCCAACAGUGCAGCUGAGGCCAAAGGCAACAUUGGCCCAGUAAGGCACUUACACAACAGAAAAACACACAAACCAUUUGCUUUAUAAUGCUCUGUCCGGACCACUUCAAAAAUCAUUCACUCAUGGAUGUCAGAGCGAACACACUGGACGUGGAGGCCGAGUCAGAUGAAGAAUCCCAAAUCGAAAACAACACAGGACCAGAGGAAAUUAGACCCUCUGUCACAUCAUUUUCGGUCAAAGAUAUUCUAGACCCCAACAAAUUUACCGCAGCACCGCUACGGAGGCGAUCGAGCGACAGCGAAGGAGACUCUGAUUGUGAAUCUUCCUUAAGGGAGAAUUCUCAGGCUGGUGUAUGGCAUCCUUGGAUGUCUGCUACGAGAUAUAACAGACCUUCUAAAGCACAUGAUUCAGAUGACAAGAAUUCUGAAGCAGAUUUAAGUAAAUCAUAUCAAGAAAUGAUCGAAGCAACGAGCGACGAUUCCAAGACACUGAGUAAGUCAAAACGUAAACGCGCAACUUCUGAAAGAGCCAAGGAAGGCAAACCACGACGCGCUAGAACUGCUUUUACAUAUGAACAGUUAGUAGCUCUGGAAAAUAAAUUCAAAUCUACGAGAUACUUGUCGGUCUGCGAGAGACUUAACUUGGCCCUCUCCCUCGGCCUGACAGAAACUCAAGUUAAGAUAUGGUUUCAAAAUCGACGCACAAAGUGGAAAAAACAAAAUCCUGGGAUGGACGUGACGGCUCCUACGCGGCCGAAUAUUCCUCACGGCUCGACUUCACUCGCUGGAUAUCCACCUGGAUUCUUAUGUGGAGCUCAGUGUCCUUCACAAAUGCACUAUUACUCAAGCAGUAGUGGGAUUCCUUAUGUUAUUAGACCACAUCCUACAUACGGACACUUAUGAGAUUAUCAUUGAAGACCCUGUUAUAAUACCGGGCUAUAUACAGAGUAUAAAAUACGCCGGACUUCCUAAAAACAUCAUGUCAAGGUAGACAUACUUCACAAAGACUUAAGCUCAGCUGAUUUGUAUAUAAAUAAGAACAGCGAGUCGACACAAGAACAAGCUACCUACCUGUCGUCCGAACGAUCAAACCCCUAACUUCUAAGACCGAUUGAGCGUGUGUAUGUAUAUAUUAUUGUCUAAAACUAAGUAGGUAUGAUUACCAAUGUUAUGUACUUAGCUUCGAACGUUAAUUGAUGAAUUGGCUUUUAAUUUGGAAAACAUGACCACUGAAUUCUUGUUAAAACUGAAAUAAUCAUAUCAUUCUCUCAUUUCAUGGUCUAAACAAAAGAUAAGUGAUUGAGUUUGUAUUUUACGUUAUGAUCCCUUAAGACAUUUCAAAUAAUCAUUGAUCUAAAACCAUUCAUUGUCCAAACAACUUAGUUUAAUUGUGUUUAAAUGUUAACUCAAAUUUUAUAAGUAAACUUUAUCAUCCAAAUAUCAUUCUGUAAGGAAAGUUGCAUGUAAACAAUUGUACAAAUGAUUUAAAAAUUAAGGAGAACCAAUCUAAUUUAUGAACAAUAGUGGUCGAGUUUCGUUUCAUCAAAACGGGGUAGAAAUUAACCAACUAUACAUCACUGUAAAAGAAACAUUAAAUUAUAUAAUAUAAAAAUCA